GGGCGAGGUCACGUGCCGAGGAAGUCGCGCCGUCCGACGGGAAGUGACGUAACGAGACGAGAGAAAGAAGCAGACGGAGAGCGAGAAGCGCAUCUCGGAGUGAGCGGCGGGGACGGGUCAGAGGGCAGCGCGGGAGUCGGAGGGAGAGUGAACUGAAGAUCUGCAUGGAUUGAAUCACUUUUCUAUCAAGCUUCUCGCCUUGGUGAAAGUCCCACCAUGGAAACAGAGAGUGAACAGAACUCCAGCUCCACCAAUGGGAGCUCAGCGUCGGGGAGCAGUACCCGCCCUCAGAUAUCCCAGAUGUCUCUUUAUGAACGGCAAGCUGUACAGGCCCUGCAAGCUCUCCACAGACAGCCAAAUGCUGCUCAGUAUUUUCACCAGUUGAUGCUACAACAGCAGCUGAGCAAUGCGCAGUUACACAGCCUGGCAGCCGUUCAGCAGGCAACUAUAGCCGCCAGUCGGCAGGCUGCAUCUCCUAACACAGGCUCAGCCCAGCAGACAAACACCACACAGGCCAACCUUUCCACAAGCUCUUCAGCCCAGCUCCUAAGCCGCACACAGAAUGUCACUGCACCCAGUGCCACGACGCUCACUCAGUCCGUGUUGCUUAGUAACACCAGCUCACCUCCUCUUGGGCAGUCGCAAACACCAGUGUACCUGCGUCAGCCGCAGCUGGGAAACCUUUUACAGGUCAACCGGUCUCUUGGGCGUGGGGUUCCCCUGAACUCGCAGCUCAUUUUGAUGCCCAACGGAUCGGUAGCUGUUCAGCAGGAGGUAACGUCUCCCCAGAACCAAGGAGUACACCAGGACUCUGAUCAGGUUCAGAAUUUGGCUGUUCGCGGCCAACAGACUGUGGCAACUAGUUCAGCAGCUGGAGCCCCUAUUUCACAGCCAGCUCCUCUAGCCACCAAACCCCCCAUCCACCCGGCCUCUUCAGCAGCGACGAUACAAAUUCCAUCUCAGACCGUGCCGCAAAGUGUAAAGAGCCCUAUAGGCUCGACAGGGGGCACAGUGAGUCAGGGGAGUCAGACAGAGGCAGAGGGGCGAAAAGCUGACGGAGACGGAGUACAGCAAAGUGUCGGCAUCAACCUCACUAGAGCAGCAACGCCAGCUCCUAAUCAGACUCUCAUCAGCUCUGCCACUUACACUCACAUCCAGCCGCACUCAGUUCUGCAGCAGAAGCAAGUGGUCUUUCAGCAGCAGAUUGCUAUCCAUCAGCACCGACAGUCUCAGCUACUCCAUGCUUCUACUCACCUACAGCUCGCCCAGCCUCAGCCCCAGGCUGCUACCCAGCAAGGCCUACAGACCCCUGCGACCCAGCAAACCCUGGUUGUGCAACCAAUGCUGCAGGCAACUACCGAGUCUGCUGUCCCUACUAAAGCCCCUGUACCUAUCCAGCCAAAGCAGCCCGGCAAAUGUGUGCCGCCUCUUAAUCUUCAAGGUCACCUGGGAGCUAAAGCUUCCCAAGGCACCAGACCUAUGCCUUCCCCCAGCCAGCCUCAUAUACCUGUGCAGCUUGUGGGUGCCAGACAGCAAGGCCCUGCCCAGGCAUUAGCCUUGGGGGCCCCUCAAGCCCCAUCACAAGCCUCCUCCAUGACACAGUUGACUCUACCCUCUUCUACUGCCCCUGUUGCCUCUGUGGUGGCCAGUGCUGUGCAGGAAAGCCAAGCUGGGUUUUAUGGAGUUCUGCAGGGAAAAUUAUCUGGUCCAGGGAAGAGGAAGGCAGAAGAGGACCGGGACGAUUCAUCUGUGCUGCCUGUCAAAGCAUCUCCGCCCAUUGACACCCCCACGUCUGUUGAGGAGACCAGCACCCCAGCUGAUAAGCCAGAGGCUGCCACCCAGGUCUCCCCUACUCUUAGUGUUUCAGCUCCCCCCAGCGUCCCUGCCCUUUCGGUAACUUCUCGUCAACAUAGUGACUCCAAGCCGCCCCAGGCUAUUGUGAAGCCACAGAUACUGACGCACAUCAUUGAGGGCUUUGUUAUCCAGGAAGGAGCGGAACCCUUCCCUGUGGGCAGCCCUCAACUGCUAAAUGAACCUGAGAAGGAGACUGUAUCUGAGAAUGUUCUACUCCCAGCAGAGAGCCCUCCUCCACAGCCCAUGGGAGACACAGCAGCCAGCAAUUCUGGAAGCUCCAAGCUCUUAAAAUGCGAGUACUGUGGAAAGUACGCCCCUGCCGAGCAGUUCCGUGGAUCCAAACGAUUCUGUUCCAUGACUUGUGCCAAAAGAUAUAACGUCAGCUGUAGCCACCAAUUCCGGCUCAAACGAAAGAAACUGAAAGAGCUGCAGGACGUAGGAGGUGUAAGAGCUCGAAGGCGCGGACCUCGCAGGAACAGCUCGGAGAUAGCACGGGCAAAGAUCCAGGGGAAGAUAAUGCGGGAGGAUUCCAGCAGAGGUUCUGAUAAUUCCAGCUACGACGAAGCCUUCUCUCCCAACUCCCCUGCACCACCUUCUUGCAGAACGCCACACGGCGAUAGAGAUGGUAACACACAAACAAGCGGACCCUCGAACUCUGACUUUCUGGGGAUCAAUCCCAUGUUCCUCUCCAGUAACCCCAGCCGCUGGAGCGUAGAAGAGGUGUACGAGUUCAUAUCCUCUCUGCAAGGUUGCCAAGACUUAGCUGAAGACUUCCGCUCGCAAGAGAUCGACGGGCAGGCAUUACUGCUGCUGAAGGAAGAGCAUCUCAUGAGCGCCCUUAACAUCAAACUAGGACCUGCGCUGAAAAUCUGCGCUAAAAUCAACCUACUCAAGGAGACCUAACUUUUCCCCAUCACAUCUGCAAGCACAAGGGGGUAGAGGAGACCGUAGCACCAGCCCCUUGUAAACUAACACAAGGGGAGAAGGCAAUUGGGCUUGGGGGCAGUUCAGCAGGACUCGUAACCUGGAAGAGGGGCAUUUCCAACUCGCCGUCGACUUCUCCACACCCCGGCUGUGAACGCUCCAUUUAUAAUCCCCUCCUUAUUACUCGCUAAAUAUAUACCUAUAUCUUCUGUAUGUCUGUAUCUGUUCAUCUACAUGUGUCUUCAGCGAGGCAUCAUACCUGCAGCAGCAACGUUACAGGUCGAUGAACGUACUGAGAUAAUGUGCCUUGCUUCUCCGGGACAAGAAAGGUUCUCCGUAAAGUAGGCGCUUGUCUUAGGAAGCUCUUUCGCGUUCGGGUAUAGAAGAGAGGUUUGCCUAGAUCUUUAAAACAAGUGUAGGCUCAUUCCUCAAUUACAGAAGCGGCCCAAUCAAGUUCUUGUGUAUUUAUAAACCGUCACCAGUUGCUAGGGAUGAAGCUCUACUUCUACUCAUAGAUCUGUACGUAGGGUACCAAUUAGAGACAUGGCCUUGUGUAUAAAGGUGCUUACAUUUGUGACUGCAUAAAGACACUACUCUUGUGUAACGCCGUCUCUAUAUACAGAUCAAACCCUCUGCACACAAAGCUCCACCGAUCUCCUUUUGUUGUGUGUGGCCUACACAAUCUUGGGUCUCAGUCAGUGUAAAUAGGGAUUGAGCUGGCCAUUAAUCUUGUGACAAUAGAUAGUGACAUGUCCAUCCCGUGUGGAUAGUUCUGCUCCAUGAGUUGGAGGAGGUUCGAGGUGUUAAAUCUUCCCGAGACCUGUGAUCUGAAAUGUUGCCUAACCAAGGAAUUCUUAGCAUCGUAACUUUUUUUGUAAUGGAAAAUAACUUUUAAAUAAUUCAGUGCACCUCACUUUUGUUUUGCUUUCCUCUGCCUCCUGCUUAUUGUAUCUAUAGAGGCCAUAACUGUCAUGGAAGUGCAGCGGCCGGCGUUGUGAUGUUUCCGGCAGACGUACGGUGGAGCACAAACCUAUUGGAGUGAGCAGUGUGCGUAAGCUGGAGGCCGUGCAAAUGAACAAACAGACUUUUUCCGGCUAGUCUGUUCCCUGCAUUCCAUUAUCGCUUGUCCUGCUGUAGAAACAUUGUCCUUUUCCAUUUCAGUUCCAGCUCGGAAAUUUUAGUCUCUUCUUAUCCCAGGCGUUUCCGCUUGUCCAAGGGCGUCUUGUACAUUCCUUAUUUGCAUUCUGCUCUUUGGCAAAUUCUGUUUACGUAAUGACAUGAGUGUUUCUAAAGCAUAUAUAUAUAUUUUCUGUAGCUUUUUACCACUGAUAGGUUUUUUUUUUUGGGGGGGGGGGGCCUGGACCCCUUGCUCCACGACCUCAGGACGCAGUGACUUACUGUCACCAGUUAAAGAAAAGGGCAAGGGGUCAUUUGCAAAAACCUUUUUUGUUUUGUUACAUUUUCUCAGCACUUAUUUACAAUAAAGACAACAUUGCUUUGG